GCUGUGCGCGGGGAGGAGGCGCGCGGGCGGCACGGCGGGAUGAGCUGGGCGCUGGGCGGCUGGCGGGCGCGGCGCCUGCGCCUGCCCGGCCCCCGGAGGUGGCUGGCGCGGCGGCGGGGCCCAGAGGGCGCGCCGGGCGCGGAGCCGGAGGACGGGGGGCCCAUCCCCUUCUCCGCCAGCAAGGCCAGCCCGCGGGUGUGGAGCGUCAGCCAGUCCAUGGGGAGCGACCACGAGAGGCCGUGGGUGAAGGUGCUGCCUCUCAGCCUGCUGUGCACUGGGCUCCUGCUUUGGUGUGUGUUCAGGGAACCAACGGAGAUCGAUGAGCGACUGGAAGCAGUUUUCUCUGGUCAGAUGAUGGACUCUUUAGAUGUGGCGCAGAGGAGCAACGCUUCCUUGCAACUUCAGAAGGAGAAACGAUGAGGACGGGAGUGCGGCUGCAGUGAAGGAGAUGCCAGAAGUUUGCUGGCAUUCGCCUGUUUAAAACCUGUGCUGACAAUGUAAUGGGAGAACUUGUUUUUGCAAUCUUACCUUAUAAGCUUGAUUCCUUCAUGUGUCGUGCUGCUUUCUGUGCUGGUUUUAGUAAUUUAAGCUGGUAGCACAAGGAGUUAGAUUCUUUCUGCAUUGCACCGUAGGGGUGGGCAGGAUGUAUUGCAAAUCAACUUGCAUUUGAAGAUACAUUUUAUGCAACCCAUCUCUUUUCCAUGGAUCAUUUUUCUUACAUGCACAGUGUAUUAGAAUAUCAAAACUGUAGGUCUGUAAAAUUGCUGCUGAAGGUGACCUUCAUUUGACAUUUUGCUAGUCACAGAGUAUGUUCAACUUACAUUGAAGACAGCUGUAAGUGAUCACUGUAAGUGAUGAUGAUUCAUUAAUACGUGGUUCUGUAUUCUGGGGGUUUUUUGGGUGGGUUUUUUUUUUUUUUUUUUUGGGUUUUUUUUUCUGUUCGUUUGGUUUUGGGUUUUUUUGUGGGUGGUGGUUUUUUUUUUUUUUUUGGUGGUUUUGGAGUUUUUUUGGUUAUUUUGUAAUUCCACUAAAUUAUGUAGAAAUCAUCUUCUUCAACCCUUAAUCCAUAUUUGGUGCUUGCUUUCUGGACAAUAACCUUUCAGACAUGCCUGAUGUAGAUGAUCAUUAUUGGGAGGAGAGGUUUUGUAAGGAAUGGAGGUGAUUGGGUUGCAGUAUAUUAGGAGGAAACUCCUUGUUUCAUGGACAAUGUACUGUCGUUUUUUUCCUACAGAUACAUAGAUACUCAAACUUGCACACUCUGGACACUUUUCAGGGAGCGGAGGAAUCUAAGCUGCUGCUACAACUUAUUUCCCUUCAAAGUUAGAGGCAUUUCUUUUAAGCUUUCUCAUGUAAAAAUGCAAAACUUUAUGUGCCAUUAAAAUUACUAAUUUAUAAAAAAGAAAACAAAUAAACCCCAAACACCACCACCGCCACCACCCACAACAAACCGUAACUCCAAACGUGGCAGCAGCCUGUAAGACGCAGGCUGGAGCUACAGAGAAAACUGACACAGCAUCAUGUUUGUCUGACGCUGCCGGUGAGUCUCUGAACAACAUGCACACUAUGCUUUAAUUUUGCUGUUGAGUCCUCCUGUAGUUCAACCAGGUGAUGCCUAAUAAAUGAGGAUGGUUGGUUUGCUACUGCCAUAAGGUUUAAUUAGUUUUAGGAUUCAAUUUCUACUGCAGUAGACUGUUGCAACUGAGAUACACUCGUAGGGGCGUCCUGGCGAAUAACAGUGGUUCUGGAUUUUAUUUAUGUUGCCCUAAGGUGUAAUGCCUGUUCCCCUGCCUCCUUUGCUUUCUCCAUGUUCCUUAAAUCAGUGGACCCAGCAAUGUACUAAUUGUAUCUAAGGAAAUAAAGAGCUGCCCCUUCGUGUGUGCCUUAUUUUUGGGUAAUGAUAGGUGUUUAAUAAAGAUAAUUACCUACGAAA